GUUAACUACAUCACCUGGUAUACAGGAGGUCGUGGGUUCGAUCCCGACCUUGACGCCUGCUGUAUAUUUGGAGUUUGCGUGUCUCUCUCCCCGUGGUGAGAUGUUAACUACAUCGCCUGGUAUACAGGAGAUCGUGGGUUCGAUCCCGAUCUUGACGCCUGCUGUAUAUUUGGAGUUUGCGUGUCUCUCUCUCCCCGUGGUGAGAUGUUAACUACCUCGCCUGGUAUAGAGGAGGUCGUGGGUUCGAUCCCGACCUUGACGGCCUGCUGUAUAUUUGGAGUUUGCGUGUCUCUCUCUCUCUCCCCGUGGUGAGAUGUUAACUACAUCGCCUGGUAUACAGGAGAUCGUGGGUUCGAUCCCGACCUUGACGGCUGCUGUAUAUUUGGAGUUUGCGUGUCUCUCUCUUUGUGGUGAGAUGUUAACUACAUCGCUUGGUAUACAGGAGGUCGUGGGUUCGAUGCCGAUCCUGACGGCCUGCUGUAUAUUUGGAGUUUGCGUGUCUCUCUCUCCCUGCGGUCGAGUGGAUUUUUUUCCGGAUCCUUCGGUUUUCCCUCCACAUUCAGCAGAGUUUAGAGUACUUGGCUGCUUUAAAUAUCGCUUCUGAAAAACAGCUCUAUAUCUCGGUGGGAUUCACCUGGUAAAAUAAAACGUCGUUUUGAGCUUAAUUUCGUGUAACACGCCGCUUCGUUCAGAGUUAGUUCUUGCUCUAAUGAGUGUUGAGGCUUUGCUUGCUUAUCUGGUGUUCACAGCCCUGAACCAUGAGUGGAAAUUCCUCAUUCCUGUGCCGGCAACCUGCAGCUCCAGAGCCGCGAGCGGCUUCUUCAGGACUGCUUCGUGACGGUUACUUAUUACUACUACUAUUAUUACUAGUACUACUACUAUUAUUCCUAUUAUUAAUAGUACUACUACUAUUAUUAAUAUUACUACUACUAGUACUACUACUAUUAUUAAUAGUACUACUACUAUUAUUAAUAUUACUACUACUAGUACUACGAGUACUACUAUUAUUAAUAUUACUACUACUAGUACUACGAGUACUACUAUUAUUAAUAUUACUACUACUAGUACUACGAGUACUACUAUUAUUAAUAUUACUACUACUAGUACUACGAGUACUACUAUUAUUAAUAUUACUACUACUAGUACUACGAGUACUACUAUUAUUAAUAUUACUACUACUAGUACUACGAGUACUACUAUUAUUAAUAUUACUACUACUAGUACUACUACUACUAAUGACCACCGUCGUCUCGUAGUCACCACGCGUGCAUUGCCGGCUUUUGAAAUAUUAAGGAGGAGGGGGGGGAUUUCCCCCCCGAAUUAAACAAAAAAUCUCUUCUUGCUAUUGUUGCUUGCCGACUCCUGCCACGGGAAGUCAUUGCUGAGUUAGUGUCAGCAUGGCAGCGGUGUGUGUUCCGAUUAUCGAUCUCGGAAGGGAUGGAUGGUGGGCUGUGAACAGGUGCUGAUGGGUUUCACACGGUGCUCUGUGCUGGGACAGUGGCAAUGUCUUGCUCGUGGAUAUUUGUUUUACUUGUGGCCUUGCUUCAGGAGAAUACCUUGCAAUUGUUCUCUCGAUAGUUGUUUUUGUUAUUGUAUUGUCAGAUGGCCACGGAGUCAAAUGAACACCGCUUCCAUUCACGUCAUCUGCCACAAAGCGCGCUUUGGUGUGGGUUCUCAAGUUUCUCCCAGCGCACGCGUCGAAUUGUGAAGCGUCACUGUCUUGAUCCAGUACCACACAAUUGGACAUGCGCGUGUGUGUGUGUCUGCGUGUAUGUAUUUACAUUGACAUUGGCUAUUAUGUGAUCAUUACCUGUGCCCUGUUUCUUGAUAAUUGUAUCUUUCGCAAAUGGCUACACAUUUUGAUCAUGCCGAUGCAGCACGUGGGACAUUUGUAGCGUCACCUCAUUGUCAACGUGUGCGUCACACUCCUCAGGUUUCACGCAUUUCCAAUGUAUGCCCAAACUGUCCGGUGUUUUCUUGAGCAACGAUUAAGGACACUAAAGUCUCGCCAAGAAUGAAACCUUUCCCCACCGAGGCAAAGAAACACAACGGGGAUCUUUUGUGAAUUUUGAAAGUGGCAAAAGCUCCAACGCCCUGUACGUUUUAGGAAAAAAAAAUUCCUCUUAACUUAAAGCUUUCGUGACUGCAAUAAUUCAUACUCUGGUCUUUCGGUAAAGUCACGUAGAUAGAAGAAAACAUAUAAAAACAAUCACGACGUUUCGAUCGCAACACAAGCAAUCGUCCUCAGGUGAAAAAUAUGCUAGUGGUGCGAAGUACAAGAAAGGUAGACAAAUCGCCAUAAACACAAACAAAUACAACAUUUAACCAUCCCCAUCCUAGCAGACAAAGCCCACUGAGGCAUUAACUCGGGACUAUUGCUUUGUGUUGCGGUCGAUUGAAACGUCGUGAUUUGUUUUUUUAAGGGGAAUUUACCGAAAGACCCAACGAGGAUGAAUAUUCCUCUGUUCGUGCUCUUUGCGAACCGAUUACAGUGCUGCGAUUAAAAUUCGCCAGUCGGGGCAACCUUUUGUUUCAUAACACUGAUUGGACGUUAUUCUGAUGGGCUGCUCUGGCAUUAUUUGGACUGGAGUCGGAGGUUUCGCAGCUGCGGCACAGAAGCAUGGAGCAACCCUCCGUCUCCUCUUUGGUUGGGCAGCUGCGGCACUUCCUGCUGGUGCUGUGCUCGCUCGGCAUCGUCUACUUCGUCAUCACCGACGUCUUCAUCUCCAGCAUGGAGAAGUCAUCGCGGAUACACCGCCUGAUGGCCGAAGUGAAAAGGCAAAUCAACCCAAACCCGCCUGCCAAGAGAGGCAACGUGUGUGGCCUGCAGUCUCCGUGUCCCCCGCACCACUUCUCCUUCAGCAUCGACUCCGGCGCCGGAAACUUCUUGGGGCCUACGCUGUGCUUCAACGACGAGAUAUUAAUGAGCACCGUGCUGAAUAACGUUGGCUUCGGGAUAAAUAUCGCAUUGGUAAAUGGUACGAGUGGGAAAAUGUUAGCGACGUCGUAUUUCAACACGUUCAACGGAGACGACGCGGGAAUGGUGAACUUCCUGCGCUCCAUGAGGCCCGGCACCAUCGUGAUGCUCGCCAGCUUCCACGACCCGGCCACCAGGCUCAACACCACCGCGCGGCAACUGCUGACUGAGUUGGGGAGCUCAGUGGCCCGGGUGCUGAAGAGGAGGGACAGCUGGGCUUUCGUCGGGGCCAAGGGCAUCCGGGGGAAGAGCCCCUUUGAGAUGCACGUGCGGAGUAUCCCCAAGAAGAACCUGUAUCUGAACUGGCCCGAGAUGCUGCAGAUGGAAGGCUGCAUCCCCGAACGGACGUGGCCUGGGCACAAGAAUGCCACCUCGCCACCGCACGCCAAGCCGGCCAUGGGAGCCAAGCACACGAGGAACGUGACGGCGAACGUGCCGCACGGGGCCGAGCGUGGACGCUGAAUGUUUUCCGAGCGUGGAGAGACGCCGUGGUGUUUACAGAAGUGGUGUGGGUGGGGGGGGGAAUCUCGCUUAAUUUUAUCCAGCCGGGGUCUGUGUGGGACGAUUACCCGAACAACAUUUUCACUGCCGGCACACCGAUGUCUGUAGCUAAUAGUAGUCGCGUAACCAUCUACUCCGGUCGAUCAAUGGCACCAGAAGAUAUUCCCACAGCCGACAGACGACAUCCAGUCGACCUGUCACUAUGACUGUUGUUACUAAUCACGCUGUUCUACUCCAGUCUACCAGAGACCCAGAAGACAGUCGGUGAGAAAUGAGGCCCUGGCUAAGAAAGCUUUGUGAACACAAUGAACUGGAUGAGUUGCUGCAGUAUUAUAUUCACACGCAACUGCAAUGUGCUCUCUGUGUACAGUGUAUAUAUUAAUGUGUAGUAGUAGGGGUGAGUUUCGGUUAUCGGAUGUUUGGAUCUUUAGGCGCAAGUACGGAUUUAAUUUCCUAGUUUGGGAUUUAAAUGUAAUGCAUUCUGAUAACGUUCAUUGUCUCCGAAUUGAAUCCUUUGAAUAAUUUCUAACUUGAUUUGAAUAAAGUGUCAUCGGUAGAACACGGGAUGUGAUCCACUAACUGUGGAAAGAUGCAGCCCCUAAGUGUGCUUUAGAAGUUACUGGACGGAUCUCAGAAGGCGAGAAUAUGGAAUUUAUGUUCAUCUCAUGAUAUUUUAUUGUUCUUGCUUACAUCGUUAAACUUGUUUGAUCAGGAAAGCCUCGGUGAGUCUCUCUGCAGUCAGUGAUGGCAAUGGCCGUGUUGCUGUCAAAUACAAUAAAUAAAGUAAAUUCAAUUAAGUAAUUUAACAACAGGACAGGUGGUCGGAUUUGUAGAAAUAUAUAAUUUUUACACUCCAGCGCUUUACAAAGAGCAGUCCUUGACAUUGAUGCCCUUGCUUGAAUACCGUUUCUACGCCUCAGGAAUAAAAACAAGAACAAUGAUUUUCAAUCUUUUGUCAAUGCACUGCUGGAUGAGGGCCUCCGCACAUAAUGUGGGUUGGGGGGUUAUUCACUGUACUUCAGCAUAUUCUACCGGUACAUAAAUGUGUCUCUUGUAGUCUAGUCGUAAGGCGGGUGCAUUGGGAGGCUUCUAUUUAGUCAGAUAGCUGAGCUAGUGCUGCUGACACUCCGGGUUCAAAUCCAGGUUUCAGCAGGUUUCAGCUAUUGCAGAUUAAAGGGAGCUAUCAAGUGCAGUGCGUUGAUUGUCGUCUACCUUGUGCCCAAUGAAUGUGCACAGACAGAAUAUUACAUUUGGUAUUUCGCGUAAUGUGGGCAAUGUCAGUCCUGACGACCCAAACAUGUUUGGUUUGAAUGUCAAGUGGUCAUAACUCGUGCAGAUUUUUUUGUUGCUGGUGCAUAAGCACAAAUUACAAAGAUAAGAAACUCAUUAUAUUUGACAAAUUAUAUUCUUGCGAAUAAUGUCAAUAUGUUCAAGAGCUAAAUGUCGAGGUUUGGUGGCCACAAGAGGGCUUCCAAAGAGUUAAUGUAGUAUUGCUAUUCCUCCUCCGUUGAAAGAGCGCAGACUCGCGAGUGGGUUCGCUAUCCGGCAGAGGUCGCAAACGGGUUUUGAUUCCUUACCCGUACCCGGCCGCACCAGGGUCGCAAACGGGUACCCGUACCCGGCCGUACCCGUACCCUACCCGAUACCCGGCCGGGUACGGGUAGGGUACGGGUAUCGGGUACCCGAUUGCGACCUCUGCUAUCCGGUCCACAGUUUGGGUUGCAAGGCCACAACCCGCACCGCCUGCGGUUGUGGCCUCUAAUCCUCCACCACGAAGGGGAGAUGUGCGCAUGGCCCUGUUGUUGAUGUUGUAGUUUAGUUGAUGGUUACACCGCCAGUGUCUUCAAGGAGGAGGAAUGUCAAAGCCAAGUGUGAGGUGCAAUGUAGCUUUGUCAAAUGGACCAUGAAGAAGGGACAUUUCUAAAAAAAAACAUCACCUAUGUUACGUUUGUUUCCUUUCAGGGCCACAGUGUUAUGGACGGAAUGUGUUUUAUUAAUAACUGCCAUCCUCUGUAGCAGAAGAUGCAAGAGUGGGCUCCACAGUGUGGGUAAGCGGUCUAAUUUGUGGCACUGCCUAUUGAUUAAUAUAUUGAGAGACAAAUUUUGACCUGAAAAAUUAACAAGACUUUGCCAAGUGAGAGCUCCCGCAAGCCAGUGCCUACAUUUCCACUGGAUAAAUAAUAAAAAUGAUCACACUUGUCCGAUCAUAAAACAAAUGCAUUCAGAAAAAAUACCCCGCGGAUACUUUGGUUUUAACUCGGCCAUACUUAAAGCAGUGACGUAGACUUAGACGAAUACAGGAGGCUACAUUUGUUCAAUCAGCGUGGAAACUUGGUGAUAGCAUGCGGCAUGGAAUUUAAAGCCGUGGCAAAAAAAAUGACAGAAAUGUUUGAGAUUGUCUUCAUAGUUUAAGAAGAGCUCUGCAAAUUUCGAACGAGACGCAAAUUAGGUGCUUGCUGGAUAAUAAAAAAAAGUUCAACUUGUAACGCACCGCAAGCGCACACAGUAUCCGCUCGCUCUCGUAGAGAGAGCGAGGAUGACUCGGAGGCUCGAGGAGCAACCACGGACAGGCAAGGAGGCAUCCAUUUGGUGAGCCGGCGACAACGAUUGUUCAAGCUCUGCGGUUCUCUAUAUAUGUUACGGUGUUAUCGGAUUAUUCAUGAGUGUUUACACGUGCGGAGGAAACCGGUGCACCCGUAGAGAAACCCACGCGUGCGAGGGGGAAACACUCCACACCGUGCAGGUGAAACAGGUGAAACGGGGGGGGGGGGGGGGGGGGGCAGUCCACGUGUUUGCUGUGCCGCCUUCUAGUGGCGAGCCGCGGUAAGGCGCCUCGACCCGCACGGGAAGUGAGUUUCAGAGCACGUGCGUGGUGCUCCACCAAACCUCGGUGCCUCCACGGUCGACAAGGGGCAUCGCCACGGGCGAUUGUCGGUCUAUAUGAACAAAAACAAAUGUACAACAAGUUUUCCGGACGAAAAAAAAUGAUUGCUUAUUAUUGGAUGGAGUGCUUUUGUCAAAAAUGAAUAGAAUUUGCCGGUGAAGCAAACCCCAAAGAGUCAAUGUAACUGAAGAAGUAGACUUGAGAAGAACACAGCACGACACGCGGGGUUUCUUCCUAAACGUUCGAACAAUCUUAAAUACCUGAGCCCAGAAUGGCAAUUACCUGACUACCCCCCCCCCUCCAGCCUGCUCUGAUGAGUCAGGUGUGCCUGACACCGCCGAUGCAAUUGGUAAUGCCGUCCGGAAUGUCAGGAUGUCGCAAUGUAUGAUGUGAUGGAGGAUGUGGAAUAAAACAUAUUUAAUAUUAAAACAAUA